GUCUCUCAGAGCGGUUAGCAUGGCUGUAGCCUGGCUGUUCAAAGACUUUCAGAGAUUUAUUUUUAAGAAAAACUGAUUCUUACGUUUCGACAGACACAAACAUGGACUACCUUCAUGCCAGAGCAUUUCUCAUGGAGCCUGCUUGACUUUAAAAAGGCCACUUUAGACUUAAUCCCCGUCCGGGUAACCGGCCCUUUGUGCCAGCGAGCAAAACCGACAUGGGAAACAAACGCACACUAACGAACUGAAAACUGGAGGAAUGAGCAGCGAAGCUCAGCUCAAACCCGCCGCGUUCUGACAACUUCCACCAAUGGGCUGGGGGCGUGGGCGGGGCCAGGAUGAGUGCCGAGCUGCUAUUGGAGGAGAUGCUCAUCAAGCGUUCGCAGCAGAAGAAGAGGACGUCUCCGCUGAACUACAAGGAGAGGCUGUUUGUCCUCACCAAGAGCAGGCUGACGUACUACGAUGGAAGAGCCGAGAAGAAGUUUCGUAGAGGCUCGAUCGAGUUGAGCCGCAUCAGAUGUGCGGAGAUCGUCAAGAACGGAGGAGGAAUCAUCCCCUGCCAGAACAAAUACCCCUUUCAGGUGGUGUACGACACCAACAUCCUCUACGUAUUCGCUCCGAGUCACGACAGCAGAAGUCUCUGGGUCCAGGCCAUCAAAGAAGAGAUCAAAGACAACCCCGUGGUCUCUGCGAAGUUUCACCCUCAGUUCUGGCAGGAAGGGGCUUGGCUCUGCUGUCGCCAGGCGGAAAAACAGGCUCUGGGCUGCGAGGAGUACAACCUGUUUGGAGACAUUUCGAGAAAACCUUUACCCCCUAUUCCUGGAGAGGAGCGUAAAAACGAGAGGCGGCGGCCGCCUCCUCCGCUCCCUCAGGCGGCUGAGGACGACGACGACGAUGGGGAUGAUGAUGAUGAUGAUGACGAGGAGGAGGAGGAGGAGGAGGAGGAGGUGGUGGUGGCGCUGUACGACUUCCCGGGCACCGAGCCGCACGACCUGAGUCUGGUCAAAGGAGGCGAGUACGUCAUCCUGGAAAAGUGCGACGUCAACUGGUACAGGGCGCGCAACAUGUAUGGCGAGGAAGGUUACAUCCCAAGUAACUACAUAACAGAGAAGAAGUCCGGUAACCUGGUGCAGUUUGUUUGGUACAAUCAGAAAGUCAACAGGAACAAGGCAGAGGAGCUGCUGAGGAAGGAGGACAAAGAAGGAGCCUUCAUCGUCAGAGACUCCAGCACCCCAGGAACCUACACCGUCUCUCUCUAUACCAAGUCUGCUUCUGGGGAAGGAAGUGCAGCUAUAAAACAUUACCACAUCAAGGAGACACAAGGCUCGCCUGCACAGUUCUACCUGGCUGAGAAACACUUGUUCAGCUCCAUCCCCGACCUGAUCGAGUACCACAAACACAACGCAGCAGGUCUUGUUGCCAGGUUGAGGUAUCCUGCAGGGAAACAGGACGAGGCUGCUCCGACCACCGCUGGCUUCAGCUACGAGAAGUGGGAGAUCAACCCCAACGAGUUGACCUUCAUGAAGGAGCUGGGCAGCGGUCAGUUCGGCCUGGUGAGGCUCGGCAAGUGGAGGGCUCAGCACAAAGUGGCCAUCAAGGCCAUCAGAGAGGGAGCCAUGUACGAGGAGGACUUCAUCGAGGAGGCCAAGGUCAUGAUGAAACUGUCUCACCCUAAGCUGGUGCAGCUGUAUGGAGUGUGCAGCCAUCAGAAGCCCAUUUACAUCGUCACAGAGUUCAUGGAGCACGGCUGCCUUCUGAACUACCUCAGGCAGCAGCGGGGCAGCUUCAGCCUGGGGUCCUUGCUGAGUAUGUGCCUGGAUGUCAGUGAGGGCAUGGAGCACCUGGAGGCCAACGGCUUCAUCCACAGAGAUCUGGCUGCCAGAAACUGUCUGGUGAAUGACUCUCUGGUGGUGAAGGUGUCUGACUUUGGCAUGGCCAGAUACGUGUUAGAUGACCAGUACACCAGCUCAUCAGGUGCUAAGUUUCCCGUGAAGUGGUCGCCUCCUGAAGUCUUUAACUUCUGCAAAUACAGCAGCAAGUCCGAUGUCUGGUCCUACGGUGUGUUGAUGUGGGAGGUUUUCACUGAGGGUCGCAUGCCGUUUGAACAGAAUCAGAACCACGAGGUGGUUACCUUGGUAACCAAGGGUCACCGCCUCUACAGACCCAAAAUGGCCACGCCCGCCAUCUUUGACAUCAUGCAUCUCUGUUGGAGCGAGAGGCCAGAGGAGCGCCCGUCAUUCUCUCAGCUCUGCCUGAUGAUCUCCGACGCUCUGGAGGGUGACGCCCCUCCCCCAAACUGAUCAACUGACCAAUCAGCUGCGUCCACCAUCCACGCCAACUGUAGCGGCCAUGUUAGCCCCGACAUCGAGGACACGGUGUAAUGGUGCUUACAGUGUCUGGAACUGACCAACAGGAUGGACAGCUGUAAAAACUGAAGCUGCGUUCACAACACAAACCGCUGCACAUGUUGGAUCUGUUUUAGGACGACUGUUCUCUUUUGUUGUACGAAUCUGACACCAACGUGAACUUACACCGAUAUAGAAAACACGUAAUGUGGACGCAUUAGCUCAGUAAUUUUCAAGCAAACGUUUUACCUACCUGUCUGUGCAACUGAGUCCAUCCAGAGUGUUUGCUCCCAGUCGGACAUGGGCAUUAAGUCCUUUGGUCAGAUCUGUCAGUGUUAAAGAGAACAGUGUCAGCUAACAAAAGUAUAUCAAGUCACAACACAACAUGAAGCUUCAUUUUCCUUCCAGUUAGGACUCUGCUGUAUGAAUUGUUCCUGUGAGAUUAAAGGAAUCUCACCAGGUCACGA